AUGAUAGUGUUGUUGUCGAGGCGGGCGAGAGCCCCGCUGCUGAGUCAAUGGCUCAGCCAGAGCGUCCUGGGGCGAGGACGUCGUAGCUGUAGAAGGAGACGAGCCCAGAGACGGAGCCCGAGAGCCGUCGGCCCUGACCCCUACUCAUCUGAGUCGCCAGCGGCUCCUUCUGCAGCACCCCCAACAGCCCAUCCAUCUCAGCAGCCCUCUGACGUCCCACACGACCGCAGUGAUGUUCACUGCGCCGGUGGCGAUGACCAGCCGGCAGAGUAUCGGGGCAGGGCAUUCAAUCGAUGGAGGGUCCCGUGCCACGAGCUGUGGCCGGGCAUCUACAGCAACCUCACAGCCUACGAGAGGCCGAGACUCAAGGAGCUCCGGCGCUACCUGAAAGCGGCGGGCAAAGCCGCGUGGGGCCUGCAGAGGCUAAGGGCGCAGUGCAGGAAGGAGUACAACGCAGCCAAGGAGACGGAGGAGAGUUUGGGAGCGGAGGGGGUGGAGGAGGCCUACCUGGCUGCUGUGUGGGCGUCGAGGGAGACAGCGAGGCUUCCGUCGACCCCGCGGCUGACGUCGUCUUCUCGGCGAUAUCGGAGGGCUACAACGGCACCCGCGGCACGCCAAUCGACCACCUGCUGCUCGCAGCACAAGUGACCGAUGUGGGCUGUGCUGAUGGCGAUGAGUACGUCAGGUGGAUGCCAGACAUGAAGGUGACCCCCGCCGAACCAAGAGCGGUGGCGAGAGGCGGACAAGGCAGAGGUGGGCAAGCUGCAGCACCACGAGACCUACAAGUGGGGCAAGAAGAGCGACGUCCCGUGCGUGAAGGAUCUCAGCAAGCUUGGCAACCUUGGCCGCGCCAUCGCCG